AUGCUGCCGCCGCACCGAAAGACUCCGGACACGCUGAUCAUGCCAGAAGAUUUUGAAGCGGAAAGUUCCUGCACCUCCUCUUGCGAUUCCGCAGCCGCCCCGACCAGCAGACUCUUAGAGCCUGACACCGACGCAACAGCCCACUUCGACCUGGUCAUAAUUGGCGCAGGCCCAGCAGCCCUAGCCGUCGUCUCUCGCAUCCUCGAAUCGCGUCCAGCCGCACUCUAUACCGAAGAUGAGCACCGUCAUCUCCAUUUCACCCAUCGACGCAAACCAGCGCUCUUACCCUCUAAAGUAGCCAAGACGUCCACAUCGUCGAACAGGACCAUCUCUAAAACGUUGCAGGAUGACACCCGCCGAAGAGAACAGAAGACAGGCAAAGGACUGUGGAACCUCAAGAGCGACGAUGGUGACCUCUGCGGCUGUGAUGGUAGGAUCAAGAUCCUUGUCAUCGACAAGCUGGGCGAAGGAUUUAUGGGACUGUGGAGGAGAAACUUCAGUGCUUUGGGCAUCACACACCUGAGGUCGCCUAUGUUUUUCCAUCCGGACGCAAGCGACUUUGAUGCUCUGAUCGCGUACGCGAACCAGCAAGGACAGGCUGGAGAAGGAACGCCGGAUCAGGUGAUCGGAAUGAUCGAAGGACGCCUUGCAGCUGGUGGUAAGCCGAACACAGCGAAAGGAAGAAGUUGUCGCAGACGAUCAAAGGAUCAACGUUCUCCCUCGCUUGUCGAAGCGCCUGAUGUCGCUUCGGCCCACAAAUGCGAAACACAAGAGUCCCGACUUCCAGAUCUCAUCGAGAUCCUCGGAGUGGUUGGAAAGGAGAAGUCAAAGCACAAGCGCAAACAAAUGCAUAAUGCCGGCGCUGCUGCCGCCACAAACACCAAAGUGCAUGUCAAUGAACGAGACCGUCGUGAUUACUUCACGCCGAGCUCUGCUCUCUUUGAUUCUUUUACGCACCAGCUGGAACGAAGAUAUCGCGUCCAAUCGAACGAAGGCUGUUUGGCGGAGACUUGGCCGAGAGUCUCACAAUUCUUCGAGCACGGUGUUGACGGUGACAUCGAACCGAGUGAGAGCUCUGGUGAAGAGAGCGCUGGACCGGAAGACAGUCCGGUGACGACGUUAAAAGGAAUCGUACAAGACCUCGUUUGGUUCGAUGGAUCAAAAGAGACAAUCCAGGAUGACUUUGGUAAUCACAGUCCUGGAUUCCUCCUCAGCCUCGCUGACAGUCCUGAGCCUCAGAGCAGCAGAACAAUCAUCUCUGCCAAAGCCGUCGUCAGCGCUGUUGCGUUCGGUGGCGUGCCCAUGCUACCAUCGUACUUGACAGCUACCCCAUCGCACUCGAUCUCGGCACCCCCACCUCCAGCGUGUGGUCCUGGAUGGAUGCAUUCCAGCUGCCUCGCCAACCUUCCCUUCCCUGUCCCUCCAUCAUCUUCACCUGCCCAUCAGCGCAGAAUGGUCGUCGUGGGAGGUGGGCUGACAUCAGCUCAGAUCGUCGUACGUGCACUUGAAAAUGGCUACGACAAGGUAAUUCUCUUGACCCGCGGUCACUUGAAGAGCAAGCCCUUCGACGUCGACCUCGGCUGGGUGGGACGCUACAGCAACUUUCUCAAGAUGCAAUUCUGGCAGAACGAUGAUGUUCAGGAGCGUCUCAAUAUGCUUCGUGCAGCGAGGAAUGGAGGCAGCGUCACACCGACGUAUGCAAAGCUGCUGGCUAGACUUCAGGCGCUCGGAAAGGUGGAGAUCUGGACACACACGACCAUUGCUUCGGCCGACUAUGGAAGCGCAUCCACAGCAGACACUGACAACAGAGACAACGCCGCUGGUGACAAGCGAUGGUCACUAACAUUGCGCACCAGCACAGACGGUGGGAAACUCACCUCCAUGACUUCGGACUACCUGCUCCUGGCCACAGGUGCCAAAAUCGACUUUGGCGCACUCCCCUUCCUCCGACACCUUCAGACCACCCACCCGAUCCGACUGGCUGGAGGAUUGCCAGUUCUGACAGCCGAUCUCGAGUAUCGACGCGAUGUUCCUCUCUUCGUCACGGGAGCUUAUGCAGGUCUACAGAUCGGUCCUGCAGCCGGCAAUUUGGGCGGCAUGAGGGAUUCAGCCGAUCGAAUCGCGAACAGACUCUUGGAGCUUCUAUCGCUGCCGCAAGGUGUGGUGCCGGGAGUCGUAUCUCUGCCAGAAACCGUCGUUCCCAGAAGCACGGUAGCAGGUGCGGUGAAGGUCGAGGAGGAGGAGAGGAGAGAGGUGGAUAGCUCGCAGGUGAAAACUUCUCGCAAGGAUCGGGUGAAGGUCGGCAAAGGCUCGGCAUUCACUCAUUUCAACUUUGACGUCUUGUCAAUCGAGGCUUGA